AUGUACAAUAAAAAUUCAAGCACAAGCACAAUAGCUUAUAAAAACAUGAUUAAUCUAAAUAAUAGUAACAAUAAUAGGAAUACAAGGGAGGGUGACGGUGAUAAUAAAAAAAUUCUGGAUUUAAGGGCAGGUAAUGAUGGUGGAAAUAGUAUAGCUAAUAGGAAUAAGCGCAGGAGAUUGUUAACUUAUCAUUUAGCUACUCCAGAAGAACCAGAAAGAAACAUGAUUAAUACAAAUAGUGUCACCGCACAGAGUAAGAAUAAUGUACUUAAUGAUUUUCAAUCGGAUAAUGCUUUCUUACAUAAUAUAAUGGAUGAUAAAACAACAACACUUCAUGCACCAUCAUUAAAGGAAACUAGAGAAUUGGAGGUAAAUAUUUUGAAGACAGUUAGAGAUUUGAAACGUUAUAAAGAACUUAAUAGUGAUGGUGAUGAUACUGAUCAAAAGGAACCUUUAGAUGUUGAUAAUAUUAUUAGUUUGUUGAGUAGAUCGUUAACUGCAGUUUCCCACUGGACUUUACAAUCUCAAUUAUCUUUGCUUUCAAAAGGAUCUGAAUUCAAAAAUACAGUAGCGACAACAAAUAAUUUCGAUAACUGUUUAAGAAGCCCUCCUAUAAUAUCUUCAAAACAAUCUCCAAAGCUAAUGGAACCUUUCAAUAGUAAAAAUGUAGAGAUACAAGGAUCAAUAAUAUUAAAUGACUCUCCAAUAAAUGAAGCCGAUACAAAAAUACAAAAAUCAAGUAAACCCAUAAAGAAAAGACCGUCACUUUCAGCAAAUGAUAAUCUGCUUACAAAUAAAUCUCCAAAGACAAUAAAAUUUAAUUAUAACAACUACUACAAUCUAAAAACAGUAAAUCAAAAAAUAGAAAAUAAAAUAAAGGUCAAGAAAAAUAUCAGUCCUUUCCAGACUCCAUGCAAUAUAAUUUUAAUGAAUUCACCACCAGGUGAAUUAGAAGAUAGUGACAAGGUUAGUAAGAAUACACACAAUAAUGGACAAUCCGAAUAUUUGCAUUUAAUAGAAUCAAACAAACCACAUCCAAGAAUGAGACGCACUAGUGACAAUCCAGCAAAAAAUGAGUACAUAAGGGUUUUUCAUUUAAAAAAAGUGAAAUCAUAA